AUGGGAAAUAAUCUCAUGAGAGAAAUCAGUUGCUUGAAAGACAAUCAAAAGGAGCUUGGGAAGGUAAGCCCAGACGUGAAAAGAAAACGGCAGGAAGUGACUACAUAUGAGAUAGAAAAUCAAGGUCAAGAUAAGAAGAAAAGUAAAGGUGUUCCAUCCACUUCUAAUCAGGAAAAUGAGAAUGUCAGUGGGUGUGAAGAAGUAUGUUACACUGUCAUUAAUCACAGGCCCUAUCGGAGACCCUCCCUGAACUCCAAUGAUGAUGGUUAUGAGAAUGUCGCAAAGAGAGUGAGACCAUUAAAGGAAGGGCCAGAAACAGAAUAUGCUCUUCUCAGGAAACCUUGCACUAUUAGGUCUUCUUCCUGUACAGCUGAGAAUGAUUACGAAAUUGUGCUUCCUCAAUAG